CUCGAAUCGUGUUUGAGAUUUACAAAGGGAUCAUAUUUUUGGAUUCUGUUGAUAUUUUUCACAAUGAUAUUCGAUGUGAAAAUAUACUGAUGUCAUGCUUUAUGGAACCGAAACUUGCAAAUUUUCAUUUUGGCAUACUACAUAAUCAUAAUGAGACAAAUAUAGCAAUAAAUCAGCCAAUAAAUGCUCUCAAUUGGAUAGUUCCCCAGAAAAUAUGUAAACAAUUAGGAGAUUUAG